UAGUUUUUUGGUCAACGUUUAUGCACAAAGGGUAAAUAGAGGUUGUAGUAUAGUUCAGUAGUUGACAAAGAUGGUUUUCGCUCGCUUGCGAUCUAAAAAUUGGCUCGACCUUCUCGUGGACUUCGUUGGACAAUCAAAUUCAAUAGCUUCUCAAGUUGUGGUGAUUCAAGUUGUAUGGAAAAAUUUUAAUCUGUAGAAUUGAUGAUAAACGCGAGUACAGAAAGCUCUGAAUUGGCGAAAACGUCGAGAAAGGCAAAACUAUCGUCGGAUAAUUUAGGGCCCAAGCUUGGGAAAAAUAUUAAUACUUCGUUUUAAACUAUAUUAUAAAUUAUUGGCCCACGUCGUACAGAAAUAUACUUGUAACUGAAGCUUUGUGGAUACUUGAUGGGUGCAAAGGAAGUGAAUUAUUUAAAAUGGCUCAAGGACCUUCACUCUAAACGGAUUCUUCUUCCAAAUCAACAAGAUGAAACAGGGUUGUCUCAGAUCCACCAUUGCGCUUAUAGAGGCUAUCUAUCCUGCUUGAAAUGGCUGGCUAAACAUGGAGGAAAUCUCGCUUCAAGCUCAGCCGAGGGCUCAGUUGCUGCACAUUACGCAGCAGCAGGCGGCCACUUAGAUGUCUUACAAUGGAUAUACAGAAGAUCCUCGAGGACUAUAGCGUACAGGGAUCAUAACGGAGCGACUCCACUUUAUUUUGCUGCUCAGGAAGGUCACCUCGAUUGUCUAGAAUGGCUUACUAAGAGAUCCGGAACAGUACACGGUCAGAUAUCGAUAGAUGGGAUGACCGCUGCCCAUGCCUCGGCUCAAGAAGGACAUUUGGACUGCCUUGCUUUUCUUAUUCAAUGCGCUGGAUGUAGUGGACUGGCGCGAGAUAAGACAGGAUGUACCCCAAUGCACUUUGCUGCGGCUGGUGGUCACCGAUCAUGCGUACAUUGGCUAGCACUACAUGGAUGGGGGACUGGUAACGAAAGAAAUAAAACUGGUUCCAGUCCCCUGCACGUGGCUGCUGAACACGGUCACAUGGAAGUGGUCAAGCUGCUGAUGAAAUCAGGAGCCAAGGCGGAUCUGUAUGACAGACACGGACGGACAGCGUAUGACAUCGCUGUGGAAACUGGGAACGAAGCAUGCGCUCAAUUUCUUUUACAGGCAACACACAAGACUCUCAAUGGAAUGGUAGCAAACAUCUUUGUGCACCAGUCCAGCCUAAAAAGAGUGCGCUUCGAGAGGAAAGCCAUCGAAAAAGGGAUCCGUGAUAGCAACCCCGAGCUCACCGAAUCACAGACCCUAGAAGCUGUCAAUCAAUUGUACUACCCACACCUCGAUCAAUCCCAGGACCGAAUGUUUCGUUCUAGAAGCCUCGUAUAUCCUUCAUAUUCGUCGUACCGUGAAUCUAGAGCCUUAGCAGAAAAUAGAACUUACUCAACAAAUUGUCUCAAUAAGGGAGUUAGUUUAACGAACUAUUUGAGUAAUUUUGACAGCUCUCUUACUCCUGUAUUAGAAAGUCGACCACGUAAUGGAUACGUUACGCACCCUAGUCCGGCCAAGGGAAGUUUUCACCAGCCUCUUCAGCGGAGCUACUCAGAGCCAAUUCAACCAACUCCGGACUUGAUUACUGACAACGAUAAAUCGCCGAAGAAUGGAAUGUUGGGCACGCAAUCUGUGCGUAAUGAAGUCCUACUAUCCGAUUGGUCGUCGCCUAAAAGAAAUUCAUUCAAAAUUAGUAACCCUUCAAAUCAAUACGAAGUAAAUGGUUAUAGUAAUGUUUCUUGUUCUCGACCGAGCGUCUCGUCUAUUUUAUCAGCAUUUAGGAGCAAAUCAAGCAAAUCAAAGGAAAAUCCAAAUCCUGAAGCUUACAAUCCCAAAGAUCUGCUUCCCUUCCCAGUCGAGUCCGGCGAACUCAACGUGUUUCGUAGAUUAUACCGAUUAUCCAAGAAAAAACUCACCCGUACGACAAGUUUGUCCAUCAGCGAUAGAGACAGGGUACCAAACAAACCAAAAACACCACAGGAUAGAUUCUUAGUGACUGGUGAAGAUCCUUUCAUUCCUGGAAGCCCACGGCAUUCAUUUUACGAACCAACAACAACUGAAUUAUCACCCGAUUACGAAGACCAGUGGACUGGGGCGAAUGGUCACGUGGCUGGGAUGUCGACCGAUGAGGAGACUGGGGAUAAUAUGCAAAUAGUCUCUUACCACAGGCCUACGUCAUCGGGCUUUACUAUAGAAAACAUUCGUACAAAAAUGAGGGACAAUGCCCUUAUAUGGUAAAAAAAAGUUUGUAAUGAACUUUGGCGACUAGGCCUGGUGUCGAGUAUUCAUAUAAUUUAAGGGGGGAGGAGAGGGGAGUGAAUCUUAAAUGGACAAUUCACACUGUGACGUAAUUUCCUCAGCACCAGAAUCCUUUUCGAAUUCCGCUUCUUAUUCAAACUAGGAUAUGGUGAACGGAAUACGAAAUGGAGACUCUGGUAUUCGAAGUACUAUGGCGUCAUGAUCUGAAUGCUCACGUGAAUACAAGUCUCGUUGAUCGAGCUUGUGAAAUAGCGAAGUACGUCAUAUAUGAAAUAUCGCGAUUUCCUACAACAAAGAAAAUAGGAAAGAACGAUAGAUGGUACAUGAAUGAAGUACUUGCCUCCUUGAAAAAUCUAUAAAGAAUAAUCACCAAUAGAUCAUCGCUUUUUAAAGUUAGUUUAUAUAUUGUUUUCAAUUGAUUUGUAAUUUGCUGAAUGAUAAAAGACCGUUUUUCGAUCACGUUGUUUAUAUCACAAUAAUCCAUACUCUGAAACUUUUGCAACAUCUUUGUGCAUUGGUUUUGAACUUGAAGCUGAAAUCAAGCGAGUUUGGUAAAAUAAAUCAUCUGAACUAC